GCCAUUUCCACCCUGUCGGGAUCCACAUUCUGGGCCGUCGUGUUCUUCAUCAUGCUCCUGGCUCUGGGAAUUGACAGCUCAAUGGGAGGCAUGGAGGCCGUCAUCACGGGCCUGGCGGACGACUUCCAGAUCCUGAAGAGACACCGGAAGCUCUUCACAUUUGGUGUCACCUUUGGAACCUUCCUUCUGGCCCUGUUUUGCAUAACCAAGGGUGGGAUGUACGUGCUGACCCUGCUGGACACCUUUGCGGCGGGGACUUCCAUUCUGUUUGCUGUGCUCAUGGAAGCCAUCGGCGUCUCCUGGUUCUACGGUGUGGACAGGUUCAGCAACGACAUCCAACAGAUGAUGGGGUUCAAGCCGGGCCUCUACUGGAGACUGUGCUGGAAGUUUGUCAGCCCCGCCUUCCUCCUGUUUGUGGUGGUGGUGAGCGUCGUCAACUUCAAGCCGCUCAACUAUGACGACUACGUCUUCCCGCUCUGGGCCAACUGGGUCGGGUGGGGCAUCGCGCUCUCCUCCAUGGUGCUCGUGCCCACCUACAGCAUCUACAAGUUCUUCAGCAUACGGGGCUCCCUCCGGGAGAGACUGGCCUACGGCAUCACCCCGGAGAACGAGCAUCACCUGGUGGCCCAGAGGGACGUCAGGCAGUUCCAACUACAGCACUGGCUGGCCAUCUGACCCGGCCCCAGGGAGGAGCCCUGCCGCGCCCGCGUCCAGGUCCAAGGCUUCGCUACCACCCCGGACACAGUCUUGAAAAUCCUCUCCUGAAAGAUGUGUCUUUCCAUCCCUCUUCCUCUUUCCCCAGUUACAAAUGGUUUAGUGACCUGGUUUUUAUUCACCUUCUGUUCAUCGGGCCCGGGGGCUCUGAGUUUGGAUUUGGAAAGCCUCAAGGGAGAAGAGGAGGGGAGGGAACAGGAAGAAUGGCUUCUGUUGGACCUCUUUUGUUUGGGGAAGGUCUCACGCCGCUUGGGAUCUGGCCCAAGCUGAGCUCCAUGGCUCGGGUGGAAUUCCCCACCACGGUUGCUUGUAGUUUGGGUCACAGAAGAAAUCCUGUAGGCCGGUCAGAGAGGGGAUGUUCCUUUUGGUCAGACGCCAUAAAACCAAACACACACAAGAAGUCCGGCUGGGUCUGGGGCAGGGGAUCCUCUUUCUCUUGCCACCCGGUCAGCGCUGUGGUAUCUGAACCUUGGUCAGGGAGCUGGGGUUGGUUUGUCUCUGUCUUGGGUCUGUGGAUAGAUGCUUUGGGGGAUCGUGAGCAGAAACCUUCACAGUCAGUUUUUACUCUGGCUAAGCUGAGUCUGAUGUGUGUGUGUGUGUGUUCUGGAACAUUCUUCCUGGGGAAUCCCACCCAGCAAGGUCUCCCACCCAGCACGGUCCCCGGGCUCUUCAAGUGAUGGGGGUAGCCCCGAAAACUCCCUUUGUCUCUCUUCAUGGUCUGGACUUAGCACCUGAGGGCAGGGUGGGACCAAGUACAGAGCAACCUGGUCAUUCAAGUCGAGGGGAGAAUAUUCUGAGUUGAUGGAACCGGGUUGGUGGUUUUAGAGAAUUUCCAGCUUGACUUCUGUUACACGUUCACGCGUGGCGCCCUCUGGUGGUGGUGGUUAGUUUCAGCUCCUUCAGAGAACGGAUUUGUAGUUUGGUUAAGGUGGUGGCAUCUAUUUGGGGUUUCUGUUUAUGGUUUGAGUCUCUUCUUAUGUCCCUGCUGGAAAUCGAGAUUCAGAGGCUCUUGUUGUGACUGUGGAAGCCCCCGUUGAAGAAUCUUGGGCCAUAAGUAAAUAAAUAAAGAGGCCACUCAUACUGGGAGUGUAGGAAGAUACACAUCCAGAAGGCGCUUUGCAUAAACCUGGGGUGUCCCUGAGCCUGACCAACGGAUCAUGCGGUUUGUGGAAGAGAGUUAUAAGGGGGCCAGCUGGGGACAGCGAGGUGGUUUUCUCUCUGACGGUCCUGAGAUUUCCCUGCUAAGUCAGUGUCCGUGGGUCCUUUUUAGGAGAAAAGAGGGAAAAUCAGAAGACUUUUGAUCUUUUCGUGUAAAAAGGCCAGCUCUAAGUCUGCGACAGCCCAGGUGGCAGGUUCUUAGACCACUGUGGAAGGUGGGGCCUGGGAGUGGAUAAUCCAACGGAGUAGAACAGUAAGGUGGGGGUCUGGGUGAUGAGGGCAGGGUGACCCAUCUUGGGUGGGAUCUGGUCCCGUGAAGGGUAAUUCCUCCCUCGGUGUUACGCUUUUUUUCCACAAAGCGCUUUCAUCCCUGUCACCUCCCGUCUUCCCAGCGAGGACGGUAGGGCCGGUCUCUGUCCCCAUUUCCGAGAUGGGAAGACCAAGGCCCAGCAUUUCGGGCACUCUGGUUCAAGCACUGUCAGCUCCUAAGGGAUCCAGUCAGACCCUCAGCUCAGAUCCCCGGACUCUCAGCCCAGAGCACUCUGAAAUCCCCGGCACACUAGGGUUUCCCACCACCCAGGGCUGUCAUUAAAAAUAAACAAAACCCAGUCGAACAGCCAGGUGGGGUCUCUUAGCAAAAGGACAAUGUGUUGGAAGAAGGGGAGAGGGGAGAGGAUGUCGUUUGGUCCCAUCUAGCUAGUUGCCAGAGGAGCUCAUUGAGCUGCCCCCUUUCUGAUGAACACAGUCGCUCCGGGGAACAGCGGGGUGUGACCGCUGAGGCUGGCUGGCUGAAAUGAGGGUGAACAGAAAAGCCUGUGCGUAUCAGAACAGGGACACCCUACAGAAAGAACCUGCCAUCCGCAUGUGGCCUUUCUGCCUCUAGACAUUUGACCCAAGGAUGAAUCAGAGAUGCGGUGCUAGCUGAUCCAACACCAAACCAACGCAAUGGUGCUGCUUUGUGGGGGGAGUUGGCUCCUGAGCCUGGGGCGAGGGGCGAGGGCGGGCGUGGCCCCCCUCCCUGGGGGGGGGGACCCAGGAAGCCCUUGGAAGCCUUGGAGGUGCUGGCAGACACUCUGGGCUCACCUUCCACCCACACUUAGUGGAGGGGGAGUACGUCCCUGAUCCUGAGUCACGCUUGACUUCUUUUUUGUGGCCUUUUUUUGAUAGCAGAGGUUACCCAACAUGAGGGUACUCCCUUGUACUGUAUAUGACACUUUUGCAUUUUACCAGAUUUUUAAAGGAUUAUUAUUUUCCAUGAAAUGUAAAAUAUCGGUUUAAGACCACCGCGUUAACAUCUGCUCAGUGUCCAGUGAUUCCGUGUCCACCUGUGAGCGGGUCUUCAUUCUAGAUGCAGAGGACAGGACACAAAGGAGAGAGGGGAGCUGCCAACUCUCGCCAAAUGUCCUGCUGAAUACAAGUCCCCGAAGCUGCCUUAAUUGUUGGACGGCGGCCCCGCCCAGGGCGGGGGGCGGGUUGGCUAUCUCUGGGUGUAGGACCCGUUUCGCAGCCCUGGUGAUGGGAGCCCGAAGCAUUCUUACCAAAGAAGUCACUUCUUAGUAGAGAAGCCCGCUGAGCUCAUUUCAUUUGUUUAUUUCCUUUGGAAGCCAGGGGAUGGAGAAAAAGAGAGAAAAGCAUUCCAAGUCACAGGGACCUGGGUCUGCAGCAGCCUCACUCGGCUCCUGGGGAGGGGGGAGCUUUAUCUCUCGGGGCUUCGGGGUUCUUUGCACAAGCAAGGCUUGGAUCCCAUAAUCGAAGGUCCCAUCCAGUUAAAAAAAUGUUCCUGUCUCCAUGACCAUGUUCUUGUGCUAGAUGUACAGUGAGGGAAGCACAUCGUUUACCGUAGGACUUUCCAGAACGAUCUGGCGACCCGUAACCUGCGGAGUAGAACAAUGUCCGAUUUCUGGCCUCCAGAACGUGGAUUUUUUUCUGGACAUUCGGUAGUUCCUCCUUCUCUGGUAUGUCUUCAAUGGAUGCCGGAAACACUGGGUAUUUAAAAAAAAAAAAAAUCCAGCCCUUUUGUUUUGAGGAUGUUGAGGGUGACGCGUGUCAUGCCCUUGUGAGCCCCAGGAUCCGCAGCUGUGCGGGCGUCCGCGUCGUUACUGCCGCCAAAGACACUGGUAAAUGUGAAGUUGCUUUUGGGGUACCCGCCCUCGUCCCUCUGCUUCUCCACUUCUAUGUAAAUAAGGAUGGUUCCAGUGGUGCCCUUUCUGUGUCAUGGACUGUGCCAAUGUCAUGCUGGUUUCUCUGUCUGGUGUGGAUUUAUUUUAAAAGCUGUUCUCUUCGUGGAAAAAUAAGUGUACAGAGUAAUAAAGGAUAUUUCCUGUGCCACGAA